UCUGACCCUCAGGCUCAGUCCAGCAGCAGGAGCAGGAGCCAGUGGAGCCUGACACAGCCUCCUGUCUGUCUGUCUGCCUGCCUGCCUGUCUGUCUGUCUGUCUCUGUCUGUCUGCCCAUCUGUCUGUCUGUCUCUCAGUGGGACACUAAGGAGCGGGACUUGAUCCGUCCGCACAUCCGCGCACACGGGGACGCACGCUGGUUUAUACUGUGCUCUUCUUUGUUGCUGUGGUUUGAUUGGUGUAUUUUCCUUCGACUGGACUUUUAUUUUUUCUUUUAAAAUCCUCUUUCCAUUCAGAAACUUUCACCUAUGGUUCGCGAAAAUGGGGCGAAGUUGUGGUUUCUCUCGUGGAAACGUCGCCGUGCUGCUGCUGCUGUUCCUUGAAGGAGUGACAGGGUUGUACUUCCCACAGAAUGAGUACAUCGAGACAGUAUACGUUGGCCAAACUGCCGGAACACCCAUCCUCCAGGUCCACGCCAUGAUGGACCAUGACUACGAGAGGCCGCAUUUCUACCUGUGCUACCUGAGCUCUAUCCGACGUCCGCCCUACUACAGCUCCUGGUUCCACCUGGACAUCAACACUGGAGUACUGUACUUGAACAAAACCCUGGAGGAGAGCGACUUCACUUCCCUGAAUCAGCGAUUACGGUCUGUGAAGAAGUUGGUCCUUCAUGCCAUGGUUUUACCAAAUGUCCCCAAGAAGCUCAACUGUGUCAGCAAGAACUCCCCACGGAUCACCCUGGACUUUGUCAAUGCCACACUGCCACAGUGUGCUCAGACAGAUAUGAAAGAACUCUGUUUUCCACACAGAGACACUGCCAACCCUCAUAUCAUGGAGAACAGGUUCCCCGGAGCCAUCAGGCAACUCCGACGUCUCACCAGGCUCAACGUGUGUCCCAACUACACCAUCUCUUACAAUGUGGAAUCAGACAGUCCAGCCCCAUUUGCUGUAAAUGAGAACUCCACAGAGCUGGUGGUCACCGCUCCACUGGACCGCGAGGAGAGCGAGUGCUACAGACUUCUGCUGGUCUGUACGGUCCGAACGGAAAUGGUCAUCACCAAGGUGGAGACUUCGCUGGACGUGUUUGUCAUGGAUGAGGAUGAUAAUGCACCCUAUGUUAAUGGAACAGACAUAACAGAUGUUGUCAUCAGCUUCAAUCGGACAAAGGGAGGCUCGUAUGGCACCUUGUUUGUCUUUGACAGAGAUUUAACCCCCAUUUAUCCCAUUGACAAAAGUCACAGUAAGUACGUGGGGACCUUGCUCAAUGGCGACUCGUGGAUAAAUAAAACAUUUGAAAUAAAAGGCACCUUCAGUGAAAAGAAAUCUGCCCAGGGAGGGAUUCGAGAGACUGUCCAUGACUACCAGCUGGUCCUGAAGAGGAACCUGUAUGUAAAUGAGAACCGCUCAGUUCAGCUGGAUUACCUGGUCAACGACACCACAUACCCCGGCCUGGAGGGAACAGUGUUACUGCACUUCAACAUCACCGUCUUACCGGUCCACAUCCGCUUUGCUAAUGUGACACACACCUACACACUGACGCGAAGAGCUUCUGUUUAUGCUCAGGUUGGCAAAGUGUGUGUGGAAAACUGCCAGCAGUUUGAUGGCUUCAGUGUCACGUACCGCCUUGAGGUGCCAGAGAGGAACAUUUCUGCUGACUUGCAGUCCUGCUACGAUGCCAUAAGUAUCACUCAGGGUCCUGGCGAGAUGUGGGGACUACUUUAUGUGAAUGAUUCGGAGACUUUGCGCAGGCCUGAGUGCCAGGACCUGCAGUACAUGGUCGUAGCUCAGGAAGAGCACACAGAACAGGAGGCCAGUACGCAGAUCCACAUAAUACUGGAUGGUGAAGCACGUAAGGGCAGCAGGGAGAGCCCGCAGCUUUUGUCCUGUGCUGAGAACAGAAGGCGGGGAGACUGUGAGUCUCGCAGAGGCAUUGGAGCAACAACAGGGCGGUGUCAGUGGAGGCAGGGCACCGAAAAAGGAAUAUCUGAACAUUACUCAACCUGCUCUCCUGACCUGAGAACCUGCCCAGAUGGAUACUGUGAUGCUGUGGAAAGCAAAGACUCAUCAAUAUGCCCCCAAGACUGCACAAAGGAAACUGUCAUUGGAGGCCAUGAAAGAGGUGUGGGCAACGGAAUCAAGGCUGGACAUGGAACCUGCUACUGCUACUCUGAAAGAUGCUUCUGUGAGAAGGAAGAUAUUGAGGAGGCGCUCUGUGACGACAUGUGUAAGACCAUUAUUGCCACAUCUCUGCUGCUCUCCUUUGUCGUCUCUGUCUUGCUGUCGUCAUACUUCAUUCACCGCUACCAUAAAAACUCGCCCAAGCCUCCAAUCGCCUCAGCGGAGAUGACCUUCCGUCGACCCGCUCAGGCUUAUCCAAUCAGCUUCCCUGCUAACAAUGUACGCCGGGGCUCGCAGGAAUCCAUCGAGACUGACACCUUUAAAAUACCCGAGGAUCCAAAGUGGGAAUUUCCUCGUAAAAACCUUGUACUUGGGAAGACUUUAGGAGAAGGAGAAUUUGGCAAAGUUGUCAAGGCGACAGCUUUCAGGCUAAAAGGAAAAGCAGGUUACACCACUGUUGCUGUGAAAAUGCUUAAAGAAAACGCCUCUCACAGCGAGCUGAGGGACCUGCUGUCAGAAUUCACUUUACUGAAGCAAGUCAACCAUCCACACGUCAUAAAGAUGUACGGAGCCUGCAGCCAGGAAGGUCCAUUGUAUCUGAUCGUGGAAUAUGCCAAGUACGGCUCUUUGCGCAACUUUUUACGUGAGAGCCGGAAAGUUGGCCCAAGCUACAUGGGCAGGGAUGCCAACAGAAACUCCAGUUACCUGGAGAACCCAGAUGACAGAGCGCUCACCAUGGGAGACCUGAUCUCCUUUGCUUGGCAGAUCUCCAGAGGCAUGCAGUACCUGGCUGAGAUGAAGCUUGUGCACAGGGAUCUUGCUGCACGGAAUGUUCUGGUAGCUGAGGGGAGGAAGAUGAAGAUCUCUGACUUUGGCCUUUCCAGAGACGUGUAUGAAGAGGACUCAUAUGUGAAGAGGAGCAAGGGCCGUAUUCCUGUUAAGUGGAUGGCAAUAGAGUCUUUGUUUGAUCACAUUUAUACAACCCAGAGUGAUGUCUGGUCCUUCGGUGUGCUUUUGUGGGAGAUAGUGACGCUGGGAGGAAAUCCAUAUCCAGGCAUUGCCCCUGAACGCCUCUUUAACCUCCUCAAGACCGGUUACAGAAUGGAGAGACCAGAGAACUGCUCAGAGGAAAUGUACAACCUCAUGCUUCGAUGCUGGAAACAGGAGGCAGACAAGAGGCCCACAUUCUCAGACAUCAGCAAAGAGCUAGAAAAGAUGAUGGUGAAAAGUCGGGAUUACCUGGACCUCGCAGCAUCCACGCCGGCCGACGCCCUGCUGUACGACGACGCCCUCUCUGAAGAGGACACCCCACUAGUGGACUGUAAUAACGCCCCUCUCCCUCGAACCCUUCCCUCCACAUGGAUUGAAAACAAGCUCUAUGGCAUGUCAUACCCGAACUGGCCCGAGAAGAGCCCGGUACCGCUCAACAGACAUGAUGCCACUAAUCCAGUCUUUACAAGAUAUGCCAAUGAUAGUGUUUAUGCAAACUGGAUGGCUUUGCCUUCACCCGCAAAAGCUGUGGACAAGCUUGAUAGCUAAAGACAAAGCGACACUGUAGAAAAGAUGACUAAUUGGUAGAUGUAUAUAUUUCUAUAAGACUGUAUAUAUAUAUAUAUAUAUAUAUACACCAUCUGAUGCUAAAGUGGGUUCCCUUUUAUUUCUGUUGCAUGGGUUGCAUUCAAGGUUUAAAGUUGCUGCAAAACUGGCUGGAUCAACAUAGAUCAUGCUUCAUUCUGCUCUUCACUGUGUUAAUUAUUACCUCCCGGGGUCAUGUUGGCCAAGUUGUAUCACUGCAUGACUAGUGUACCAGAUUGUACUUCAGUGUCCACGUCUCUUAAGUGCCUGUGCCGCUUCUACAAUAGCCUCCACUUGUUGAUGUGCAACUGUGAAGAUUUCAUUCCAGCCCAGGAAUUAAAGGGGACGUCUUUACCAUCGCUGUUGUAGACAGCUGGGAGCUAGCAGACCCACGGGCGAAGAGUUGAACUCGUACUGGAAAAAUGUAAAGUUUCUACUGUCAGAAAACCCUCUUGUUGAAAAUGUCAAAGACCCAAUGUGUGUUUCAAAGCUGUGGCUGCCAAAGAAAAGUAACACAGACGUGUCAGUGAAGGAGUUUCUCGCUUUUUAUUAAUCUUUUUUUUACAUGGAAAAAUAUCAAAUAGUGAGUGUUGACGCGACGUAAGGACAUGAGACUGUAAAUUGUAUCCGUUUCCCAUGUCAGACCACAGUGUCACUUUUUGACUCAUUGUAGUGAAGUCUUUGUGGGAAAAGUAUGAUCAUGUAAACUACAGAGUGUUACCAUUCUUAUGUUGUUAUUAUUUGAUUAUGUUAUAAUUAAUAAUAAACACUUAAAAUGUGUUGUA